CUCCUCUUUUUCUCGAUCUCUUCUUCUCUUACUUUCUAUAUUACGAUGACUACGACUGAAAAUAUUGUCAUUGUUGGUGGUGGUUAUGCAGGCGUUAGCGCUGCGCAAGAACUGGAAAAACAGCUAGCUGGUAACAGCAAGUACAGAGUGGUUUUAAUUGACAAGAAAUCUUUCUUUUACCACAUUGUCGGCGGCCCUCGCGCUGCAGUCGAGCACAUCAACAACAUUAUCCCAUAUUCACACACAUUUAAGGAUAUGAAGAAGCACGCUGUAGUGCAAGCAACUGUUGUACGACUCGGGAAAAACAAAAUCCAUCUUGAUAAGCCCUUUGAAGGCUCGAUCGAAUUGUCGUUUGCCUAUGCAGUUCUUGCCACCGGCAUCCGCUAUCCUACACCUGCUAAAGUCAAGGCACUCGACUCGGACGCAGCACUUAAAGAACAAGGUGAAAUCCAAAGCCUUGUCAAGGACGCCAACUCUAUUUUGAUCGUCGGCGGCGGACCAACUGGCAUUGAAUUGGCCGGUGAAAUUCGCGAGAAAUACAACGAAAAGAAAAUCACUUUGGUACACGACCAAAAGCAGUUGUUGCAAGAAGGUGUUCCUGACAAGCCGCGCGCCCAGAUCCUUCGCAAGCUUGAAAAGAACAACAUCAAGGUCAUUUUGGACGAGACUGUCGAGUUAUCUACACCCAUCGAACGUACCAUUUUCAAACCUGAGGGACCGCUCAGAACGCGCAAAGGUGUCGAUUUGUCGGCCGAUCUCGUCAUGUUGAUGUUUGGUACGCGUCCUGAAACUGAAUGGCUCAAGGACACGCUGCCUUUGGAAUCAAAUGGAUUUGUCAAGGUCAAGUCGACCUUGCAAGUGGACGCACCCGGAUUCGAAAAUGUUUAUGCCACUGGCGACGCGGCCAGUAUCAAGGAGAUCAAAAUGGCCGCUAGAACCAAGGGUCAUGCAAGUGUCGUUGUUGCAAACAUUGUGAACGCUACCAAGGGCAAGGCACCUUCGCAGAAUUACAAGCCUAAUACCACAUUUUUGAUGGCGCUCACUUUCGGCAAGAAACAAGGUUUUCUCUUUACUCCUAUGGGGAAUAUGGGUGACUGGAUAGCAUCAAAGUUGAAGAGCAAAACGAUGAUGACUGAGAGUUUCUGGCAGACAAUGAACCUGACUGAACCCACAAAUCCAAACAAGCCAUCGUCGGACGGAUCUUCUAUGACCAUGACCACUAUCACCAUUGGUGUUGUCGCUGUUGCUGCUUAUUAUGCUGUCACAACACAAGGUCAUGGUUUCUCUUCUGCUUACCACCAUUUAGUAUCGCUUUAUACCAGCUACUCCUCUUCUAUCUCUUCAUGAUUAAUAUUAAGUAAUGUUAUAAAUAAAUAUGUG